AUGACAACGCAGGAAGAAGCUGAUUCAUCCACCCUCGCCGCAUCUCCAGAAGUAGUUGGAGGAAGAGAGAACAACGGCAUAAACACCGAGCUAUGGCAAGCUUGUGCUGGACCUCUUGUCAAUCUCCCUUUACCUGGAACUCAUGUCGUUUACUUCCCUCAAGGUCACACCGAACAAGUUGCGGCGUCUUUGAAGAAAGAUGUGGAUGUUCAAGUACCAAACUAUUCCAAUCUUCCAUCGAAACUACCGUGUAUUCUUCAAAGUCUCACCUUACAUGCAGAUUCUGAUACAGAUGAAGUAUACGCCCGGAUGACGCUUCAGCCAGUGUCUUCUUUUGACAUGGAUGCCUUAUUAAGAUCAGAUAUUUCUCUCAAGUCGAGCAAGACGCAACCUGAGUUUUUCUGUAAACAACUGACAGCGAGUGAUACGAGUACUCAUGGAGGUUUCUCUGUACCUCGCCGUGCUGCAGAGAAGAUUUUCCCCCCUCUUGAUUUCUCUGCGCAACCUCCUGCUCAAGAACUUGUGGCAAAGGAUUUGCAUGGUAAUGUCUGGAAAUUCCGCCAUAUAUACCGUGGACAACCGAAACGUCACUUGCUUACAACUGGAUGGAGUCUAUUUAUCAGUGGAAAAAGGCUUUUAGCUGGAGACUCAGUUUUAUUUAUACGAGAUGAAAAGCAGCAGUUGCUUUUGGGUAUCAGACGAGCAAACAGGCAACCGGCCAACUUAUCAUCCUCAGUGCUAUCGAGUGAUAGUAUGCACAUCGGAAUUCUGGCUGCAGCAGCUCAUGCUAGUGCAAAUAAUAGUUCGUUCACAGUGUUUUAUAAUCCUAGGGCGAGUCCCUCAGAAUUUGUUAUUCCAUUGGCCAAAUACUACAGGGCAGUAUACAGCCACCAAAUAUCACCUGGCAUGCGCUUUCGAAUGAUAUUUGAAACAGAAGACUCGGCAACAAGAAGAUAUAUGGGUACAGUUAUAGGUGUCAGUGAUCUGGAUUCCGUGAGAUGGAAAAACUCGCAGUGGCGUAAUUUACAGGUUGGUUGGGAUGAAUCUGGUCCUGGGGAAAGACGGAGUAGGGUCUCAGUCUGGGAAAUUGAACCGGUUACUGCUCCAUUUUUCCUUUGUCCGCCUCCAUUCUUCCGAUCCAAAAGACCAAGACAACCCGGAAUGCCUGAUGAUGAGCUAGUUGAUUUCAGUAACCUUUUCAAGAGUACAAUGCCUUGGCUUGGUGAUGAUAUGAGUAUGAAGGAUCCACAGGCUUUCCCUGGCAUGAGCUUAGCUCAAUGGAUGACCAUACAGAAAAAUCCUGCUCUGGCAAGCUCGUUGCAAUCAAAUUACGCACCUUCUUUGUCUGGAUCCGUUCCACACAAUCUUCCCGGCACAGAUAUUGCUCAUCAAUUGGGACUUAAUGCUCAACAAAUCUCUCAGUCAAACAAUGUAGCUCUCACUGCUCCGGUUCACACGCCGCCAUCCAUUUCACAGCCUGAGCAUCAAUUGAGUAAUAUUACUCAACAUUCUAGACAGAACUUGGCAAAUCAAACUCUACCACAGAGUCAAGUUCCGACUCAACUUCUUAAUUCUCAGAGCAUGGUCCAAAUGAAUAAUGUUCUUCAAUCACAACGACCAUCCAUUCAAAACCAUGAACUCCAUAGAAGUUUCUCUCAGAACCAACUGCAGCAGCUUCAACAGAUGUGUCAGAACCAACAGCCAAAUAUGAUUCAUUCCACUAUUCCAGAUCACAAUAAUCAACAGUUGCAUAUGUCUGAUAAUCAAGUUCGAAUUCAGUUGUUACAGAAGCUUCAACAGCAACAACAAACAUUCUUGGCUCAGCAAUCUACAUUGCAGCAGCCUGCUCAGCUUGUUCAAAACCAAGACCAGCAGAGGCGACUUUUAGAUGAUCUAACACAAACACACAGCUCUAAGGUCCUAACUCCCGGUCAAUUGUUUGAAAUUCCUCCUUUGCUUCAAAACUCACUGCCCGAGGCUAAUUCUAUGAUCCAUCAGAUGACAGAUCAUAGUAGCCAGAACAAUGUUCAGUUCUCUCAUCCAUCCAAACAACCAAAGCUUCAACAUCAUCAACAGCAAACGCAACCCGGCUUGCUUUCUAAAACAUCCAGUCAUCUUGGACUUCCUUCUGCUACUACAAAUAAUCAGUUGUCUGCUUCUGGUUGUAGUACACGCACUGUAGCAACGGGAACUGCACCAUCUAUUAUUACUGAUGAUGUUCCUUCUUGCUCCACUUCACCAUCCACAAAUAAUUGUGCCAGUACGCUUCCUCCAGCGACAGCAUCCCAUACCCUUAUGGGAACAAUAGGGAAUGACAUGGCUCAGUCUGCUGUGACAAUCUUGAGUCAAAGUUCUAAUGCAAAUGUGGUAAAAUAUGUACAGCCAAAUUAUCAAGUUAAGCCUGGUUUAAACAUUUCUGAAAGUCACAACCAAGGAAAUUUUUACCCUGAGACGUGCUUGAAUGGUGGUGCUGUCCAGACAGAUUGUUUGGAUACAUCGUCUUCUACAACUUCAGUUUGCCUUUCUCAGAGCAAUACACGCUUUCAUCAAAAUGACAACCCGUUACCUUACAAUCCACCGUCGAUGUUCUGUAGAGACAACAUUCAAAAUGUGAAAAUUCAGGCUGAUGCUAGGGGCAAUGUUUCAUAUGGCAACAGCAUGAAUGGACAAAUGAGAAUGCCGCCGAAUCUAGAUUGUACUGUAACCAAAGGCACAACAAGGUCAGACAAGGGUUUCUCAACUAAUUUCUCUUCCGCAGACUUACUUGGAGAUUACGAAAAUAACAGUGAUGCUCAGCCAGAACUUUCAUCUUCCCUUGUUUCACAAACAUUUGGAGUCCCUGAUAUGACCUUCAAUUCAAUUGAUUCCACCAUAAAUGAUAGUAGUUUCUUGAAUACUGGUCCAUGGGCUCCACCACCGCCGCCACAUCAGUUUCAACGAAUUAGAACAUAUACCAAGGUAUAUAAACGCGGAGCUGUGGGAAGGUCCAUAGACAUAACAAGAUAUUCAGGUUACGAGGAGCUUAAACAUGAUCUCGCUCGUAGGUUUGGCAUCGAGGGACAGCUGGAAGAUCGACAGAGGAUAGGGUGGAAACUUGUCUAUGUAGAUCAUGAAAAUGAUGUUCUGCUAGUGGGAGAUGACCCUUGGGAGGAGUUUGUCAGUUGCGUCCGCUGUAUUAAAAUACUUUCUCCUCAAGAAGUUCAACUAAUGAGUAUGGAUGGAGGUUUUGGCAAUGGCGGUGGCCUUCCGAAACAGGCCGGUAGCAGCUCUGAGGGUGGGAAUGCUUAA